UAAUGCAAAUAGUCUUAGGAACUCCACGUGAGUGUUUUACAAAUAUAUGAUUGUAUAAAAACCAGCUUUGUAAAUAAAUUUAAAUAAGCACUCUGCAAAACAUACUUCGAUUUUACUGUGUCGUUCGAUAUAGAAAGCCACGAUAAAGCCACUUCCGAGCAGUUGGUUAAUCAAGCAUAAUCGAGCUGAUUGUUUUCUUAAAAAUUGUAUCACUUCAAAAAUUUAAAUAACAAUGAAAAUUUUUUGUUUUUUAUUAUCAUUUGUCUUUGUACACGUUACGACGACAGAUGAACUAACGGAUUAUAAGAGGGAGGUUUUAAUUACAAAUGCACACAUCGAGCUCGCUUAUGAUAUGAAAAAUGUUACUGUAGAAAAUACAACUUUUACAAAUGGAUUGGAACAAGUAAUUACAAAAAUUGUUAAUAUUGAAAUAAAUGACUAUAGACUUGAUAUUGACUAUGAUCGUCCUUUUUUUGAUUUAUGGCGAGCAGAAAUUGCUAUAAUGAAUAUUAUGAUCGCUGUACCGGAAUACUAUGCAUACUUUUACGACCUAGACGAAGCGAUAAAUAUCCAAAGAGGUAUGCAAAAUGAAAUAAGAAGUGAAUUAGGGAUUGCUGUUCCUGCAGUUCCAGACCAAAUUUUCGAAGAGUUAGUUUUGACACAACUCGGAGAAGAGAGAAGACGUUUUACUGGAAAAGUUUUAAAAGAUAUGAUGAGCAACGCAUUAAGUAAAUAUGCUCAAUAGUUUUUUACUUUUUUCGAGCUCCAAUACUAAUGACAGCGGUUGUGCAAUAAAACAAUUUAGAGAUUUUGAGACCGGUCGGUCUUGUUGAAGAGAGAAGAAUUAAUCCUACAGUAGCUUUGAAUAGAAGAAUGGUCCGUUCAGUACAUAGCCGUUAUCAGGAUGACCC